CACGCCCAUUCGCUGACGCCAUCACGCCUGAAAACGGGAUACUGGGAGAACAGGAAGAUCCCAAAAAGGGUUCCUCUCCAUCUCUGAGCAGGGUGAGAACACAAUAUUCUCCUCACCGGAGGCCCGACUGAUUUCGUUCUGGACCGAGAUCCAUCUGUUUUAGACGUGUAUUUUACAGGGGCUCAUUGAAGAUGUGGAAGGCAGCAGCAGGGCAGUCAGUCAAGAUGACUGUGGAUGAUGGAGGUGACGACUGGGAGACGGACCCUGACUUUGAGAAUGACGUAUCUGAGAAGGAGCAGCGCUGGGGUGCUAAGACAGUAGCUGGUUCUGGACAUCAGGAACAUAUAAAUAUCCACAAGCUGCGUGAAACCGUGUCAACAGAGCAUACAAGCUUGAAACAGCAAGAGUUGGAGAACAUGCCCAAGGCCUCCCAUGGAUAUGGAGGAAAGUUUGGAGUGCAGCAGGACCGCAUGGACAAGUCUGCCGUGGGACAUGAAUACCAGAGCAAGUUAUCCAAGCACUGCUCCCAGACUGACAACUCUAAGGGCUUUGGAGGGAAGUUUGGCGUUCAAGCUGAUCGUGUAGACCAGUCUGCAGUUGGCUUUGAGUAUGCUGGGAAAACAGAGAAGCAUGCUUCACAGAAAGACUAUAACACAGGGUUUGGCGGGAAAUAUGGCGUCCAGGCGGAUCGUGUUGACCGGAGUGCAGUGGGCUUUGAUUACCAGGGCAAAACCGAGAAACAUGAUUCCCAGAAAGAUUACACGAAGGGUUUUGGCGGGAAGUUUGGCGUGGAGACUGACAAAGUGGACAAGAGUGCUGUGGGCUUUGAGUACCAGGGCAAAACCGAAAAGCACGAGUCUCAGAAAGACUAUGUCAAAGGUUUUGGAGGCAAAUUUGGUGUACAGACAGACCGGCAGGAUAAAUCUGCUCUAGGAUGGGACCACCAGGAGAAACUACAGCUCCAUGAGUCCCAGAAAGAUUACUCCAAAGGGUUUGGAGGGAAAUUCGGUGUCCAGAGCGACCGGAUGGAUAAGAGUGCAGGCACAUUUGAGGAUGUUGAGAAGCCCAAAUCAUCUUACCAAAAAACUAGACCAGUGGAAGCAGCUGGCAGCAGCACAGGAAAUAUUAAGGCCCAGUUUGAGAAUAUCUCCAGACAGAAAGAGGAAGAGGACAGAAAGAGAGCUGAAGAAGAGCGAACACGUCGGCAGGCUAAGGAGAAACAGGAGCAAGAGGAGGCACGACGUAGAAUUGAAGAGCAGGCCAAAGCUCCUUCUCCUGUUCCAGCGAGCCAAAUUCCCACUCCAAGCACAACUGCACCUGUCCAGCCUGCUUUCUCUUCAGCAUAUGAGAAUGCAGAUGAUACCUACGAAGUUGCUGAUGAAAAUGGAGAGCAACUGUAUGAAUCAGAACCGCAGGGUCACUCUGAACAGCCGGAAGUACUUUAUCAGACCCCCGCUGAAGAGGAGCAGCAGUAUGCAGUUGGUGAGGACACUGGUGUGACUGCGGUUGCCCUGUAUGACUACCAAGCAGCUGGCGAAGAUGAGAUCUCCUUUGAUCCCGAUGACAUCAUCACCAACAUUGAGAUGAUCGAUGAAGGCUGGUGGCGUGGCAUUUGCAGAGGGGCUUAUGGUCUUUUCCCUGCCAAUUAUGUUGAAGUGCGGCAAUGAUAUCACUCCACCGAAACAGGAGAGCUUGUCAAAUACUUACUUUUUCAUGCUUUGGUAUAUUUUCUCUCCUUUCUUUUUGAGUGCUUCAACACUGUGCAAGACAUCUUUGGUCUCCAAAAUCAGCAUUUUUUUUUGCACCCUUUUCCAUCAUAAGUUUUUAUUUUUUUUUUUUCUAAGUACACAGAGACAUGAUCUGCUCUUUGUGUAGUACACAAACUUACUUGAGAAUGUCUCAACACCCGGAAAACAAACAAAAAUAAACUAGGCCUGAAACAUUAGGUUGAAGCGUUGGCUGCAUUACCCGCUCCUUCUAAAAAACAAGUUUUCUAACACUGCAGCCAUAUAUUGUAAGUAGGUAUAAAAAUGUACUGCACCUAUUGAGUGUAGUUUUUCCAAAGACCAGUGUGUUAACAAAAAUCUGUCAGUUGAGAGUGAGGGUGGUCAAUAUGGCCCACCAGGGACCAAAACAAUAAUGAUUGCCUUCAUUGACCCGCCUUUCAACUUAAGCAGUUUUUGAUCAUGCGUAGAAAUCUUUGGCUUUGGUUAAAAGUUAAAGCAGUAUGCGAAUCUUCUUUAGUCCAACAUUGUUGGACAGAAUUCUAUUAAAUUUUCUUCUUCGGAUUGAAGGGGCAAUUUAUGUAAACAGCCACUCAGGCAAAUUGCAAACUUAACUGUACACUACAGCUCAUUGAUUAUUGUUGAUACCAUGAAUCAUGCACAGAGAAAUUAAGAGUUCCAAUGCUUCGCGAGGUGAUAUAUCUGAAAAUAUUUUUAUUCCAUAGCUGUUUAUUUUCUUCUUUGAAUGGGAGCAAGUCUUGUGGAUUUGUGUUUCUCGGCGUCUGUCCAAAUUAUUGGGUCUUAUGUUUGCAUGAGGUGUGCUUGUUGGGCUGAUUACCACUGUGAUGAAACAGUGUGUCAACCUCAGAAUGAGAAACCUUUAAGAAAAAACAAAACAAAAAAACUAAACGUUUGUCUGCAAUGUAGUCAUUAUGGUAGCAAAUUGUUAUUGGAAUGGUUCUCAUACUCCAAGCAAUACAUAUUUCAAACAGACUACUGAUUCGUGUGUGUGUGUAAGAGAGAGAGAGAGAGUUUUCAAUCUUUUCCAUCUUUUUGGGGUUUUGUAACAUUCAAGUGACCUUUUCAAAUUAUUUUUUUAUCUGUACUUGUCUGCUUGAGUCAUAUCACCAGUUUUUUUUCCAAUAAAUAAAAUAUAUGAAUUGUA